AUGCAAGAGGUGCUUGAUGCAAUAAACGACUGGGCACAUAGAAACAAGAUGAAACUUAACGCGAAAAAGACGAAAGACAUGUGGAUCUGCUUUAAAGCUGCAAUUCCGGAACCACCACAUCUUAAAAUUGGCGAUGAUACAAUUGAAAGAGUAAAGUCAUUCAAGUUGCUAGGUCUUUGGAUUGACAAUACCCUUAAAUGGAACACCCACAUUGACGAAAUUGCAAGGAGGGCAAACAAACGCUUAUUCUACUUACGAGAGUGUCGUCGAGCAGAUUUACCAACUAAUGUGGGUUUGACGUUCUAUGAAUCCAAAUUAAGAACGGUUUUGGAAUAUGCGGCCCCAAUUUGGGGUGGCCUGCCACAAUACCUUACUGAAGAACUGGAGAGUAUCCAGAAUAGAAGCCUGAAAAUUUUGGGUCUACCUUCUGAUUCUCUUCAAUCUCUAGAACAACGUCGGGAUAAAUUUUCAAUUCGCGAGUACGAGAAAAUCAUUAAUGACGAAACACACCCAUGCAGGAAGUACAUACCAGACAUGGUGACGAACAAGUAUGACCUAAGAACACCAAAAACUCUUCCCGGAAUUUUCUCAUACACUAAAAGGCAUGAACUAUCGUUCAUUCCCAGAACAAACUCAUUAUUAUAG